CUCUCGGGUUUGAUUGGCUAUGGGGAGGAGCAGACUGGGGGUCUGCAUUACAAACCAGUCCCCAAUUGGCUCAGACAGUUUAGAACAAUUUAAACGAGUUUCAGCGGGUGUAGAAAUCAAAUUGGAGAAAAGACAAUUAUGUUGAUAAUGGUGGAUUAUACGAUUUAAUGCUUUUUAUGAACAUUAUUGAAGUCCUCUGCAAUGUAGCGUGAACUGCUAUCGCAGCCGGAAGAGUUUUAUGGUAGCGGCUAUGAGCUCGGUACUGACCUCAACACGCACCCUGAUGCAGAUGUUCGAUGUGAACAUACAAGCGUUUGCCAAUGAAAUUGAAAAUGACCACAUGGUGUGGCUGUUUGAGAUCCAGCACGAAGCCAACCGCAUAUUCUCAAGUGACUUGAGUGCGGAACCGGAAUUGAUGCCAAAGACUCCAUCACAGAAGAAAAGCAACUGUAGGAAACGUCUAUCUGUGGGUCAGAAUGAAAAUCGCAACAAGAGACGCUUCUCCAAGGGCAAGCGCAGUAACCUGCGUCGCUCCUCCGUGUCCACCACCCUGAACCUGAUAGCAGAGGAUGAAGGAGGAUCCCCAGUCACAAGGGAAGAGCUGGUCGAACCCUCACGCGCUCGCAGAACCAAACAGACCACCCAGCCUGAGGUGGCAUCGCCUGUACGCAGCACCUGCAAAGGAGCUGCUCAGACCUCCUCCUCCCAGCCGGGGGAGGCACAGCAGCAGGUGUCCAGCUCCAUCAGCCAGAUCCAGGAGGAGAAUAUGCAGGAGGAGGCUGAGAGUAAGAGGGGGGAGUCCAGCUCAGACUCCUGCCAGCCCCCGUGUUUCUCACCCUCUCGCUCCCGUCAGACCCAAAGCCACAUAACUGAAGCCGUAGUUAAGAUCUCAGCCGCCGAGCGGCAGUCUGCAGAGCUCCAGAUGAACCGCAACGCAGAGCGUUCUCCAGGCCGCGCCGCCAUUAAGAUAGUCGUCGCUGCUGCCACGCACUUGGACCCCAGGCGGCGCUCCGUGAGACACUCCCUGACUGUGCGGCUCUCCCUGGCAGGGCUGAGAAACAGCAUGACCCAGGAGUCUGUCCGCAGAGCCUCCAGGAGAUCCUUCCUGAAGAAGAAGAAGAAGAAGGCUCGGCUGGGCAGCUCCACCUGCAGCAGUAACGUCAGCGGGCUUGAAGAUGUGGAAGCUGACGGUGAUGAGGAGGUCAAGGUGCAGACAGAUGGGGUUUUGUCAGAGGAGCCAACGGAGACAGGAUGUCUUGGUCCUGAGACUUCUCCUGAGUUUAACACGGUGUCGAACCACCCAGGGGCUGUUAGUGUUGAGGUUCGUUGUUUCACCCGCUCCAUGGCCCAGACACCUCCCACCAUGCCAACACCAGCCUCGAUCAUCAACAAGGCCAAGACUGGCACACCAGACUCUGGAUCAGAUGGCAGUGGUAAGAAGCCACCAUCAAGUCUGGGUCCUCGCCUCAGUGCCAAGCGCAGAGUAGCAGCAGAACCUAGAGAGGACUUCCAGACCCCCGGGAAGUGGCCUUCACUCCUCAAGAAGAGCCAGAGUGUGAGGCCCAACGUGAGGAAGUUCCUCCACACGGUCCAGAAGAACCAGAUGCUGAUGAUGACCCCCAGCUCUCUGGCUCGCAGCACGGUCACAAAGUCCUUCAUCAAACGCACCACGCCGGGCAGUGUCGACCUCAAGUCAGGCAGUGGUCUCGUGGAAAGAGAGCGCCUGAAACUGGAAGCUCUAAAGAAGAAGCAGGAGCAAGAAGAAGAGAGGAGGAAGAAGAUGGAUGAAGAGAAGAGGAGAAAACAGGAAGAGAUGAAGAAGAAGAGGGAUGAACGGCUACGGAGGUUAGUCGAGGCCCGGGUGAAGGAAGAAGAGAAAGAGAAGAAGAUUCUCCAGAUUGAGAAACACAACACCCUGCGAGUGGAGCGUGUGGCAGAGGACAAAGCCAGGAAGAAAGUGGCCACCAAACGCCAGGACGAGCUGGAACCGAGGAGGAGGAAGAAGAUUCAACAAGCUGAGGAGGAGGAGGAGGAGAAGCGUCAGCAGGAGCUGCAGGCUAAGAGGAGAGCAGAAGAGGAGCAGGAGAGGACUCGCAAGAUGGCUGAGGCCCGACUAGCGAUAGAGAAGGAACAGGAGAGGACUCGCAAGAUGGCUGAGGCCCGACUAGCGAUGGAGCUGGAGAAGGAACAGGAGAGGACUCGCAAGAUGGCUGAGGCCCGACUAGCGAUGGAGCUGGAGAAGGAACAGGAGAGGACUCGCAAGAUGGCUGAGGCCCGACUAGCGAUGGAGCCGGAGAAGGAACAGGAGAGAGAGAGACGAGAUGCUGCUGAAAGGGAGCGAGUGAAGAGGGAACAGGCCUUUGCUCUUCAGAGAGAAGUGGAGAGAGCUGCCAGAGAGAAAGAGAGGAACGAGUUGUGUGAGAAGAGGGAGCUGGAGAGGAGGAGGAGGACGCCGGUCGGGGAGGGAGGAGUAAUCAACGUCACUGUAGAUAUCGAGCGGUCUCCCCAGUCCUAUGAGAUCACUCCUAAGGGGGGCAACAAGCCCGUUAUUCUCAACACCAACCCCGAGGACUAUGGGAUGGACCAGAACAGUGAAGACUCUACUGAUGAUGAGUCGGCACCAAGGAAACACAUCCCCAAAUGGGCCAAGGGCGACCAGCUGAAACAGACCAUGAAGAAGCAAUAUUUCAACCCAACGGACGUGGACUGUCACUAUGGAGAGAUUGAACCCCCAAUGUUGGACCACAUCUUCUACAAGAACAAACCUCGCUACCUCAAACGUACCAGUUCUGGUAUCUGGCACUCUCCUCCUAAAAUGGAGGCUCUGCCCAUUUAAACACUGGGUACUGGGACAAAAUGGGUUUAUAUUGUGUUUUUGUUACGUUUGUUCUUUUGCAUAUAUUAUAGAAUCGUCUGGCUGACGGAUACCUGAAGUGACUUCAGAUAAGUGCAAGGAAUGUAGCAAAGAAUUUUUAAAAUGUUUUUUUUUAAAUAAAUUUUGAUUUACAUUUCAAAAAUUCUCUUGAAUAAAAUGAGUAGAACAUG